CUGUUUGGCUGAUUCUGCUGUUUGGCUUCUUUCACCUCCACAAGCUUGCUGCCAUUGUCGAAGGUAUAUCUCUGUGUGUUAUUGAAUUUGGGAGUGUUUGGUUGUGGGAACCGGAAUGAACUAAUGAAUGAAUGAAUGACUGGAAACAUUCCCGAAGAGCUUGGGGGUUUGUCAGACUUGGUGAGCUUGGAUCUUUACUUGGCAAGCUUGCAAAACUGCGUUUCCUUCCCGUGAGUUUCAAGAUUCACAAGAAGGGAACAUCCAAUCAUUGCAAGUCCCGGAUCUUUCAAAUAACAAUCUGACAGGGGAUAUUCCAGUUAAUGGAUCUUUUUCACUUUUUACUCGCACCAGUAAGAGGGGGGAGAGGGUAAUAUAGCUUGAUCAAGUUGGUGUUGUAGUUGUUGUAUGGGAUGCAGGUUUCACUCAUCUACUGUCUUUGCAGCUCAGGAGGAUCGACAAGUUCAUUUACGACAGCUCAAAAGGUUUUCUGUGCGCGAGCUACAAGUUGCGACGGAUACCUUUAGCAACAAAAAUAUUAUUGGUAGAGGUGGAUUUGGUAAGGUUUAUAAAGGAUGCUUAGUUGAUGGAACUCUGGUUGCUGUAAAAAGACUUACAGAGGAGAGAACCCAAGACGGGGAACUACAGUUCCAAACAGAAGUUGAAAUGAUUAGCAUGGGUGUCCACCACCGCAAUCUGCUUUGUCUGCAUGGUUUUUGCAUGACAUCAACAGAAAGGCUGCUUGUAUAUCCUUAUAUGGCUAAUGGAAGUUUGGCAUCUUGUUUAAGAGAUCGUCCAGAAGGACAACCUGCACUUGAUUGGCCAAUAAGACAACGCAUUGCAUUGGGAUCUGCAAGAGGUCUUGCUUAUUUACAUGAUCACUGUGAUCCAAAAAUUAUUCACCGUGAUGUGAAAGCUGCAAACAUAUUGUUGGAUGAGGAAUUCGAAGCUGUUGUUGGAGAUUUUGGGUUGGCUAAACUCCUGGACAACAAGGAUACAUAUGUUACCACACAUGUAUGUGGCACAAUUGGUCAUAUGGCACCGGAGCACUUUUCAACUGGAGUGUCUUCCGAGAAAACUGAUGUUUAUGGAUACGGAGUCCUGCUUCUUGAACUCAUCACUAGGCAGAGGGCUUUCAAUCCUCAGGUUGCGAGUGAUGAUGAUUUCAUGUUAGUUGAUUGGGUCAAACGACUACUGAAAGAUCGGAGGUUGGAAAGACUUAUUGAUGCGGAUCUAAAUGGAAAUUAUAUUGACGAUCAAGUGAAGCAGCUGAUCCAAGUAGCUCUACUGUGCACACAAGGCUCCCCAGGGGAACGGCCCAAGAUGUCAGAGGUUGUCCGAAUGCUUGAAGGCAAAGGCGAAGGUUUACCUGUAAGAUGGGAGGAGUGGCAAAAAGAGGAGGUGAUCCGCCAAGAUUUCAACACUAUUCAUCAUCCAAGUAACACUGCUACUGGGGCUAUUGCUGGAGGGGUUGCUGUUGGUGCUGCUUUACCGAUUGCUGCACCUGCAAGUGCACUUGCUUAUUGGCGACCGAGAAAACCACAGGAUCAUUUCUUUGAUGUACCUGGUUUCACCAAAAGGUUUUCUUUGCGCGAACUACAAGUUGCAACGGAUAACUUUAGUAACAAAAAUAUUCUUGGUAGUGGUGGAUUUGGUAAGGUUUAUAAGGGACGCUUAGCUGAUGGAACUCUGGUUGCUGUAAAAAGACGUAAAGGGGAGAUAACCCAAGUUGCGAAGCUACACUUUCAAACAGAGGUUGAAAUGAUUAGCAUGGCUGUCCACCGCAAUCUGCUUCGUCUGCGUGGUUUUUGCAUGACACCAACAGAAAGGCUGCUUGUAUAUCCUUAUAUGGCUAAUAGAAGUGUGGCAUCAUGUUUAACAGGUACUCUUCUAAAUUGUCAAACCGUCAGCUUGACUGUUAAAGGAUGA